AUGGCUUCAGAGACAGCCGAAAAUGAUGUGUUGAUGCUUGGGGAACGAGGAUUAAAUGGCCGGGUUUCUCGACUGGAGGAAAAUGGCGAUGGAAUUAGUCCGCCAGACAGGCCAAGACGGGAAACAAGACAGAACACGCGUUUAAACUCGGAAGAACUGGUCGCAGAGAAGUUAAUAAAAUUGAAGAAUUCAAGAAGCGGUCAUGUAGGACAUUUGACGUACUUGGCUAAUAAGAUAAGUGCACUUUUAACUGAUAACAGUAAUAUUAAAAUGGUAAAGGAACUAAGUGUAAUGUUUGACCGACAAUGGGAUCGCUUUGAACUCGUGCAUGACGAAAUAUUAGUCUAUGCUAGCCAAGACGAAUUGACUAAAGAAAAUGCCUUUCGUGUCUAUAACGAACAGUCGCAAAGGAAAUUAGACCUGUUCGACAAAAUCCUACA